GGUAGCGCAAACAGAAAUGACGUAGUGGAGCACACAGACUGAACAAACGGAUGAAAACAAGGAAGUAGCUUCGAGACGACUUUUGUGGAUGAAUACACUGUUUUUUAUUAAUAAUAAAUAAUACUUUGGUUUCGACAAAGAACAAUGAACAACAAAGGGACAUAUCCACAACAAGCUGUGUAUCCUCAGCAGAGCACAGCACCUAUAUACCCUCCUGCUAUGCAAGUGCCACCACCCCAGGUACCCCCAUACACAGAUGCCCCUCCUGCUUAUUCUGAGAUCUAUCAGCCAAGGUAUAUGCACCCACCCCAGGUUACUGGCCAGCUACCUCCAAUAACCACUGCAUACCCUGCAACUCAGAUGUUUGUGCCCAUGCCCCAGACUAUGCCUGUUGGUGCAAUGACCCCUAAUGUUCCCAUGGGAUACUACCCCAUGGGACCUGUGUAUCCUCCAGGCUCUACACUCAUAGUGGAUGGGGGAUUUGAUACUGGAGCUCGAUUUGGCCCUGGUAGCUCUGCUUCCAUACCUCCCCCACCUCCUGGACAUGCUCCAAAUGCAGCUCAGCUGGCAGCAAUGCAGGGUGCAAAUGUGGUGAUGACACAACGCAAGAGCAACUUCUUCAUGGGUGGUUCAGGAGGGGGUUACACUAUUUGGUAACAGUGAGAAGGACCUGACUGGACCUUGACCAUUCCCUUGUUUAGUGUUCUCUCUUCCCCUUCUUUCCUGCCUCACUAGGGGCAGCUUGGCUUAUGCCAUGAUAGUGAUACAACAGAAUGUAAUGUUUUAUAGUCCCCACUAACAGUACAGUACUUUGUUGAUGUCUGUCCGUUUAAAAUACUGUAGAGAAAACUUCAGAAAAUAGUGCAAACUCCUACUUUUAGACCAUGUUGUUUAUGGUUGGAAAACAGAAUGACAGUUGUUUUUAGCUCACUUCCAUCUAUGGGGCAGGUGAAUUAUAAAUGUUCUUUCAUUUUUCAUGAUUAACAAACUACCACACCCUUUCUACUGCUGUUCCUAAGUUAGCUCUUCCUUACUAUCAUUUAUUUACACAUUGUAUCCAUUAAAAUUGCUUCUAAUAUUUUAAUUUAAGAACACAGCAGCAGUUAUUUAGUAGAAUAUUUUACACAUUCUAAUUACAACAGAGUACUGUACUUUUGGGAAGGAGUAGAUAAAAAUAAUUGGGUGUCAAUAUUGAGCACCACAUCUUUAACAUUUACAGAUUAAAAUGCAGUAAAUGAGCCCUCAUUUGAUGCUGAACUUUGGUUGGCUUUUUAAUUAUGUCGGAUACCCAGAACUGUAUACAAUGCUGUUUAGUUUAGUAACCACUUCACAAAGGGUUUGGACUAUACAAAAUAAUUUCUUGACCUUCAUUCUCAGAGUUUAAUUAAUUAGAAGAUUUAGGGGUUAAUCUAGGGGUUUUUUCCAGGAAUGUACUGAAGCACAUCAAGCAGUUUUUUUCCUAACGGACAUUUAAAUGUAUAACCAAGGAGCUGGUUGUACCAAAGAUCUAGAUUAGAAUGCACUAAAAGCUUUUAAUGUGAAUUGAAAUUCUUCUCUGAAUAAUUCUGCACAUAUGAUAAAUUAAUAAAUGAUGCAUAGAAACAUAUCAAAAACAUGUCUAACUGCAUCAUGAUGGUUCUGCAUGCUUUUUGCACUUUUAUUCAAAGCUUCAAAGCUAUUUUGUUUUAAUAAAGAUUUAUCACUGGUAAUUUUUUAGAAAUAAUACACAUUACUUUGAGUGCACCAUCAGCCAAUUCUUAAUUGUUAGACUUUUUGGAACAUGUUUUUGUACUCAUGCUUUAUACAUGCAAAUACAGUGUCAGUCAUUAAAGUUUUCUGUGUGGAUGUUUUUUAUUUUUUUAUUUAUUAUGCAUGGCUUCCAGACAAGACUUCUCAUAUGGUCUCAUCUGUUUAUUUUCUCUAUUGAGGUUAUUAAUUGAUUAAAAAAGAUUGAGUGAUGCUUUUCAGUUUCAAUCUAAACUCAAGACUUUUUAAGCUUUUGUUCCGUAAUGACAAUUUCUAUUGAAUCUCCAUCAUAGACAUCAGAAUGCUCUGACCACUUAACCCCACCUACAAUAUUUAGCAUCUGUAACAGGAAAUCACUUUUCUGCACAAACAUUUACAUUUUCACUAGCUGUUCAGCUGCUUGUACUGUAAAACUAUGUAUUGAAAUGUAACAUGUUCAUUUAGCUUAUUAUAUAGACCCCUCUAUUGUUUGGUUGAAUCUUAUUAAUUUCCAUUAUUUGUUUGAAACAUGUAACAGCAGACCACUGGGUAUCCGACAGUAGAUUCAGAACAGGUUGACACAUUUUACUUACAGAUGUAUUCAUUAAAAAGAGGGCAAGUGUUUGCAUGACAUAAUUUGCAUUGAAAAUUUAUGAAUUUAGGUAUUUAUGCAACAUACAAAGAUCACCAGUAUACCAUUUUACUGACUUGCAAGUGUGCAUUUAUGGUAUAUAUAAAUAUAACAAAGUUUAAUAAACAA